CCUAGGUGCAUCACGUGAUCCCAACUGCCUCCUGCUUGGUGUUACCUAACAAAACAAGAAUUAUAAUGAGAAUUGGUAGAAGCGUGCGGCGGGCACCCGGCGAAGGUCCGUGUCUGAGGUGGAAGCGGCAGGAAAGGAGCCGACCGGGCAGGAAGAGCUGCGCAGCGGUCGCUGAGUGGGGGCGGGUGGAGAGGCCGAGGCCUGUGCGGGUCACGUGGUGCUGCGCUGUGGUGUUUCCCCGGUAAAGAUGGCGGCUGUGAGGUAGAAAGCGGCUGGUGGCUACGGAGCGACAGCAGCGGUUCUGAGGCGAUACGGCGCCCGAGUGAAGAGUGUUCCUGGGACCGGCAGUAUGAUGGAUCCAAAUCAGGAUUUGUUACUUGCUGCUCUGAGCGAGUGUGGCAUCAGCCCUAACGACCUUUUUGAUGGUGAUUCCUUGGAUAUAGGUCUACUUGCUCCAAGCCAAGCCCCCGUCACCCAGCAAUCUGUGCCAAUUGGUGCUUUAAGUGGAAACAAAGAGAUUGAAGCAUCAGUUUCUGUAAAACAAGAAGCAGUGUCUCUAACAACCCCAGCAUUGCUGAAUGUCCGGCCUCCAUCAACAACAACAUUUGUUCUGAAUCAAAUUAACCAGUUACCACAGCUUGGCAACACAAUAGUGAUGUCAAAAACACCUCCUGUUACUACCACCCGACAGACUAUUACAGUAACAAAAAUCCUUCAAACAAGUGCUACAACAAGGCCAUCCACAGCUGCCACUGUGACUACUGCACCAACAAAAGAACAAAUUCAGUUGAAGGAUCUACUAAAAAAUAGCAGUCUAAAUAAAUUAAUGAAACUGAAACCGCCUUCAAACAUUGCACAGCCAGUUGCAACAGCAGCAAAAUUUGUAAUAUUUUCUCCAAAGGUGGUAAGUGCCACCAAACCAGCUGAUCUUCUCAAUGGUGCAAAAAAAGAUAUUACUAAUAAGGAAGUGACAAGAAUUUGGAUCAAUGAUGACAUUAAGAUGAGAAGUUUUUCACCCACUAAUAAAGUUAAAGAGGAGGAUGAACCAGAGGAAGAAGAUGAAGACGAAAUGGGACAUGCAGAGACCUAUGCAGAAUACAUGCCAAUUAAACUUAAAGUGGGACUGCGACAUCCUGAUCCUGUUGUAGAAACCAGCUCUCUGUCUAGUGUGACGCCACCAGAUGUUUGGUUUCAGACUUCUAUCCCUGAGGAAUCCAUUGACCAUGGCUGGCUAUCGGCUCUGCAAUUAGAAGCUGUAACUUAUGCUGCACAGCAACACGAAACGUUUCUUCCUAAUGGUGAAAGAGCUGGAUUCUUAAUUGGUGAUGGUGCUGGAGUUGGCAAAGGAAGAACCAUUGCUGGAAUCAUAUUUGAAAAUUAUUUGUUAAGUAGGAAAAGGUCGCUGUGGUUUAGUGUGUCAAAUGACUUAAAGUAUGAUGCAGAAAGAGAUCUGAGAGAUAUUGGAGCAAAAAACAUUCAGGUUCAUUCUUUAAAUAAGUUUAAAUAUGGCAAAAUCUCAUCAAAACAUAAUGGAAGUGUGAAGAAGGGUGUCAUAUUUGCUACCUAUUCUUCUCUGAUUGGUGAAAGUCAAUCAGGUGGUAAAUAUAAAACUCGUUUAAAGCAGCUUCUUCAUUGGUGUGGAGAGGACUUUGAUGGUGUUAUUGUAUUUGAUGAAUGUCACAAGGCUAAAAAUCUGUGUCCAGUUGGUUCAUCAAAACCAACAAAGACUGGUUUAGCAGUAUUGGAGCUACAAAACAAGCUGCCUAAAGCCAGGGUUAUAUAUGCUAGUGCCACAGGUGCCUCUGAACCAAGAAACAUGGCUUAUAUGAGUCGUUUAGGAAUCUGGGGUGAAGGCACUCCUUUUAGAGAGUUUAAUGACUUCAUCCAGGCAGUGGAAAGAAGAGGUGUGGGUGCCAUGGAAAUUGUUGCAAUGGAUAUGAAACUGCGUGGCAUGUAUAUUGCAAGACAGCUGAGCUUUACUGGUGUGAGCUUCAAAAUUGAAGAAGUUCCUCUUCGCCACGAUUAUGUCAAAAUGUACAAUAAAUCGGUGAAACUGUGGGUAUUGGCCAGAGAGCGGUUUCAACAAGCUGCUGAUUUAAUUGAUGCUGAGCAACGGAUGAAGAAAUCCAUGUGGGGUCAGUUCUGGUCGGCACACCAGAGAUUUUUCAAAUACCUCUGUAUUGCAUCCAAAGUUAGAAGGGUGGUCCAGCUUGCUCGUGAGGAAAUAAAAAAUGGAAAGUGUGUGGUUAUUGGUCUGCAGUCAACUGGAGAGGCAAGAACUCUUGAAGCUUUGGAGGAAGGUGGUGGAGAGCUAAAUGACUUUGUGUCUACAGCAAAAGGAGUAUUUCAAUCUCUAAUUGAAAAACAUUUCCCUGCUCCUGAUCGAAAGAAACUCUUAAAUUUACUAGGAAUUGACCUAUCGCAACAAAGCAGUAACAAUUCUCCCAGAGACAGCCCUUCUAAAGAUAGCAAGACAAAGAAGAGGAAAGGUGAGGAACUGUCUCGCGAGGCCAAAAAACCCAGAAAAACAGGCGGACUUGCUGGUAGCAGCUCAGAUGAGAUGGACAGUGAGACUUCUGCAUCUGAUAAGGAAGCAGAGAGUGAAAGUGAAAGCUUUAAGUCUAUUAGCUCUGGGGAUGACGAAGAUGAUUUUAACCCUUUUAGGGAUGAAUCCAGUGAAGAUAACGAAGAUGAUCCCUGGCUAAUUAGAAAAGAACAUAAGAAAAGUAAGGAUAAAAAGAAGAAGAAAAAAAGCAUUGAUCCAGAUUCCAUUCAAAGUGCCUUAUUAGCUUCAGGACUUGGGUCUAAACGUCCUAGCUUUUCAUCUGUUAAAUCUGUUCCCACAAUUGCUGCUUCUAGCCUUCCAGCCGUUACAAGUAGUGCUUUAUCCACAAACUUCAAUUCCAGCAACAGUUGUGUCACUAGUCAAGAUUCAGUGGAAAGGGCCCAGCAAAUGAAAAAAGAACUUUUGGACAUACUGGAUGAACUGGCAGAAGCACUUCCUCCAAACACAUUGGAUGAACUUAUUGAUGAGCUUGGUGGUCCUGAUAAUGUAGCAGAGAUGACUGGCCGGAAGGGCAGGGUGGUCAGCAAUGAUGAUGGAAGUAUAUCAUACGAGUCACGAUCGGAACUUGAUGUUCCUGUAGAAAUUCUUAAUAUCACUGAAAAGCAAAGGUUUAUGGAUGGUGAAAAGAAUAUAGCAAUCAUCUCAGAAGCUGCCAGUUCAGGAAUAUCCUUACAAGCUGACCGCAGAGCUAAAAACCAGAGAAGAAGGGUACACAUGACCCUGGAAUUGCCUUGGAGUGCAGACCGUGCCAUUCAGCAGUUUGGUAGAACGCAUAGAUCUAAUCAAGUUACUGCUCCAGAAUAUGUCUUCCUCAUUUCUGAAUUGGCUGGAGAGCAAAGAUUUGCUUCAAUUGUUGCAAAAAGAUUAGAAAGUUUGGGGGCCUUAACGCAUGGUGACAGGAGAGCAACAGAAUCGAGAGAUCUGAGCCGCUUCAACUUUGAUAACAAGUAUGGAAGAAAUGCUUUGGAGAUAGUCAUGAAAUCAAUUGUGAGUUUGGAUGCUCCAUUGGUUUCUCCACCUCCAGAUUUUCCUGGCGAUUUUUUUAAAGAUGUUCGUCAAGGGUUAAUUGGUGUCGGGCUUAUAAAUGUUGAAGACCGUUCAGGAAUUUUGACUCUUGAUAAAGAUUACAACAAUAUUGGAAAAUUUCUUAACCGUAUUCUGGGUAUGGCAGUCCACCAGCAGAAUGCCCUAUUUCAGUACUUCUCUGACACACUCAGUGCGGUUAUACAGAAUGCAAAGAAAAAUGGCAGAUAUGACAUGGGAAUUCUAGAUCUUGGCUCUGGAGAUGAAAAGGUUUGCAAGGCUGACGUUAAAAAGUUCCUGACACCGGGAUAUUCCACUUCAGGCCAUGUAGAAUUGUACACGAUAAGUGUAGAAAGAGGAAUGUCUUGGGAAGAUGCUACUAAAAUUUGGGCCGAGCAAAUUGGACCUGAGGAUGGUUUUUACUUAUCCCAGCAGAUAAGAAACAACAAGAAAACUGCAAUUUUAGUUAAAGAGAUCAACCCAAAAAAGAAACUUUUUCUUCUGCACAGACCCAAUACUGGAAAGCAGCUGAAACUAGAAACGUUAUCAGACUUGAGAAAGAAAUACAAGAAGGUACCCUCUGAUGAUGCUUAUGCUCACUGGAAAGAACAGUAUACGUCUUCAGCUGAUACAUGUACACAUGCUUAUUGGAGAGGCAACUGUAAGAAAGCAAGCCUAGGACUGGUGUGUGAGAUUGGUCUGCGCUGCCGGACGUAUUAUGUUCUCUGUGGAUCUGUCCUAAGUGUAUGGACUAAAGUGGAAGGAGUUCUAGCCUCAGUGAGUGGCACCAAUGUAAAAAUGCAAAUUGUAAGAUUACGAACUGAAGAUGGACAAAGAAUUGUUGGUUUAAUCAUCCCAGCAAAUUGUUUCUCAUCACUAGUAACAUUGCUGUCAACUUCAGACCAAUCUCAGCAGAUUGCAGUACAGCAGCAGCAUAUGUGGCAACAGCUUCAUCCUCAGAGUAUCAGUAAUUUCAGCACGCUGUAGGAAAUCUGCCCAGUAGAGACUCUGACAUAAUACAGAGGACCUGGAAAUGCUGACAGUGCACACAAAUCAGGGCCAGAUUCCAAAGAAAUUAAGUCUACUUGUGCAUAGGCAGAUGCUCUGUUUUGUUGGACACCUGGACUUUCUAAGUCUUUGUGGCAAUCUGCAAGUUCCUUUAAAGUGGCACAUACAUCUGUUUUGGUUUUCUUUUCUUUGCUGCUUCCCAUCUGUAUUCUUGGCCAAUAAGCAUUUUUUUUUUUCAUUUGGUCCUCUUUAUGGAACUGACUUUUUCUUGAAUGCUGUGCUUCAUUGCUUUCUGUUCAGUUAUUUCCCAUACAGUGCUCAGGGUCUUGGUAAUCAUUUUACAAAGGGGAGUUUUCCCUUCAUGCAUGUACAUUAGCGGUAUGUUUCAUAUACCAAUAUAUGUAUAUAUAAGGUUUUCGUCACUCAUGUAAGGAGGAUGCAUGUUUUCAUAAAUGCACUGUAUUUAAAAAGGGUAUAUUUGUGUUCUUCCCCAUAUUGGUUAAUGCAGCGCAUGUCUCCGAAAGCAUGACUAGACAGACUUGGAAAGUUCAAGUCUACAGGGAACGAUCAGUUCCUCAGCUCCAGUUCUAUAAUUUUAUUUUUACAUAGUAUUUUAAAUAUUUAAGUUGAGUUUUUUUUUCCCUGUGUAAGAUGAUCUUUCAACACAUUUUGCUCUUAAAACUUGUGACCUGUAAUAUUUUAAGUGUAAAAAUGACAUUUUCUAAUGUGCUGCAGAAAGGGGCUUGUGCCUUUUUUUUUUUUUUUUUUUCUCUCCCAGUCACGACAAAGGGGAACAAUACAAUUCCAGAUUUUUCAUUGCUUCUUGUAAUUUAAUAGACAUUUGACUAGUAAACAAAGACACAUCUUGAGUUGUACAAUGUUCUGUAGUUCUCUCAAGGCUCCCUGCUGUGUGUGGUUUUUGCCUUCUCUGUGACUUGAAUACGAUUUACUAUGUUGUAAGACAUUGUAGAGUUUCUUGAGCUGUUUAAAAUGUUAAUGUACAAAUGUGAAUAGCUAUAAUAUGGGUAAGGUUUUUUUUUUUCCUUUCACCUCCAAUAGUACUUGUUUAUAAGGAUGUGAAAAGGACAAUGUUUGUCAUUUCUUGCUUGCACAGGUUGCACUAUUGAACGUUUUCAGACUGUAUAAACCUGUUUAGGGAUGAAGAAGAAGAAGAAAAAAAAAAGAACCCUACAAGGUGUUGAAACCUUGGAAGGAGCAAAUAAAACUCAUUGUACUAAUAUGA